CAGCGGAGAGGGAGAGAGAUUAACUUCAGAGUAAACCAGCAUUAAAAGGAUGGUGGCAACAUCAGAAUGUGGCGAAAAAGGCAAACCUGGAAACAAGGUUUCAAAACCACUCAUGGAGAAGAAGCGAAGGGCGCGGAUAAACCAGUGUCUGGACGAGUUAAAGUCGCUUCUAGAGAGUUGCUACAGCAGCAGUAUUCGAAAGCGCAAGCUGGAGAAGGCCGACAUCCUGGAGCUCACAGUGAAACAUCUGAAGAACCUCCAAAAGAUACAGAGCAUUUCAGUCGGUGCUUCUGAGUUCCCUGAUUAUAAGCUGGGCUUCCGCAGCUGUCUGGCAAACGUCAACCACUACCUGCUGCUGGCAGAUCACCUCAACGGGAGUGAGCGCUGGAUGCUGUCGCAGCUUUCCAACAAACUGUGUCGCUCUCGGCGGAGAGGUGAAGCCUCCAGCACCACGGACAGCGACCUGGGCCAAACGGAGGCGCUCAAGGAGGUGCGAAACCUUCGGCUGCCGGGUGCAAAUGGACACGAAGAGGCGAUACCGGUCAGAUCUGUUACUCCGAAACUCCAAACAGCUCACACGGUUUCUUCUUUACCCAAUGAAGACGAUUGCCAGUUAUUUGACUCCAAUCAGGCUGUUGUUUUCGCGCAAAAAGUUCCCACCAGAAACAUAGAGGCGCAAAACGCCAGUCAAAAGAACCUUCAGUGCGUCCGUGGGGAUGAAGCUGGAAACACCAAGAUCAGUGUGUGGCGGCCUUGGUGAAGCUGAUGGGAAACUCACUCACUGAAUGUUUAUAAUUGCACUAUAGAUUUUCAUUUCAUGUUAUUAAGCUGAUGGAUGUACUAUUUUAUUAAUAAAACUGUCAACAUGA